AUGGUCUCGAGUUCUCAGCCUGCGAAUAGGUACGGGAACCAUGCUGGCGUUGGUAAGCAGCUGGGCAAAACUCCAGCUUCUAGCGUUUCUUACCGCCCCAUAACGUCGUCGCGGGAACAAACUCUUACCCUAAAUCGGCAAAGGAACGUCACGCUGGAACGUGAUGAUUCUUCAGCAGUGAGUAAGAAGAAGUAUGUCGCGAAUAGACUAGACAGCCUGCCUCCUCAUGUCCUGGACCGCGUUUACCAAGUCUGUAUCAACACCGAAGGUCCUUUGCAGAUCACAGGCUCUGAGACGGCUCUAGACCCUCGAGCANGCCAGUACGUCCAUAUCUUGGUGUUUCAAGAAUACCUGUGUCUGACGAAAACAGGAAUUCUGCAAAUCGAAGAAGAGCCAGAAAAGCAACAUGCUAACGCGCAACGAAACACAUCAAAGCGCAAGGCAGUCGCUUCUGCGGAAUCUUCUGAUGAAGAGAACGAGGAAAACUGGUCAAACCAUGGCAACAUGCAGAUUACAUUGCACAUUGCCAACGAGGAUGAGGUAGUUCACUUUNUGAAAAUGCGGUUCACCCAGAUCCAGCAACUUGCAACCAAGGUCAUUGCCAAAGCAUGGAUCAAAGCAAUAUGUCCGAAGAAGCAAGCAAACUUUCCCUACGUCGACAGCAACCCAAGACCAGACCAAAGUCAGAAGCGCCGUCGCCCACGUCACGAUGGCGCUCCAAGAAUACCGCUGUUUUGGCCCGAUAUUGAGUUGUGUCGACACAAAGAGCCUGAUCAUACUAGGAAGACUGAACGAACUUACCUCUUGGUCCAUCUGCUUAGACUGCACUGGACUGAGCAAGAUUGGCUCGCCUCUAACGGGCGUGGCUCAGAAGUCCCUCAGAAGAUCAAGGAUCGCAACUGGGUUGGAUUUUUGAGAGACGCCUUUCCGGUCAACAAGCUUGAAGAAGUGCAAGGCAGCAACCCAGACAAAGCGGCCAUGCGAAGGAGAUACUUGAACCAGAUCUACAAGGUUGCCGAGGACGAACAAAUGAUGCGCCACAGAGUGGGUCCAGCGAAUCAGAAAAGAAGCUUCACUGCUGGCGCUGGUUGGAUUCCAGCAGGCACUCAAACUGCGGCAUCUGCGAGUCAGAGCGACCGCCCAGAUAGUGAUGAUGAAGAAGACUCGCCUAUCCUCGACUCCUCCACAAUGGCACGCACGAAUUCUCAUUCAGAAGACUGUGCAAUGUCACCAGAACCCGAGGAGCAAGCAGAUGACUCUGGAUCGGCAUCCUCUUACUCAGGAGUCGAGCUAAUCAAGGAAGCCAAGGUCGAGCAAGUGCCUUUCAGCGGAUUUCUGCCAGGAGACGAAGUCGCAGCGGUCGGUCCUAGCCAUGGUCCAGAUUUGAAGUUCGACCCUGCAGAUGAGCCUAUGACGAUUCCACUUGGAUCCGUGCCGCCCAGUGAAGAUAUGGACUACUAUGAACCAUCAUGGGGUGGCAGCACGACGAUGGCUCAGACACCAGAGGUAUACCAGCAACCUCAGUAUACCGGUGCUCCUACUUCAUGGUACGGAGGUAUAGCCAUAAGUCAUUCGCAAGGCCAACUGCCUGCUGUAGCUGUCAGCAACCAAACUUGGAACGACUACCGUCAUGGAUACGGGCCAUAUCAAACAGCGGUGCUCCCUGACAAAGCAAUGAGCGAAGCAGUAUCUCACAAUGCUGGGUUUGGCAACGUACACCAAAUGGCCAUGUCGGGGCCAUUUGUCCAGCCAAUGGUGACAGCAGUUAAUGAGAGUCAGCAUGCUAUGUAUCAAGGCCCCAGGAUGCAUUACAGCCAUGAUGGCUAUGAGCAGCACAGUCAGCCUGGAUACAUGGGUACGCAGCACCAAGAGAUGUACACAAGGUGGCUCUGA